GAUUUCCAGGUUUUUUUUGUUUUUCGGUGACAUGGAUUUGGUCCAUGUAAAGUCCAACACUAAAAGCAGAAAGCACUCGGAGUGGUUAGCUGGAAAAAAGCACCUCGGUGGAUCUGACCCCCACAAGGAAAAGAAAAUCAGGAGAAAGAAACUCCAGUCAGGUGCCAGGCAUGGGCCAUGCUGCCGCCCGGAUAGAGUGCCAGUAUGCCGACCCUGCUCCAGUGUGGAACAGAAACAAGCUCCGUCCACACCAGAUUGUGGUCAGCAAACAGCACCUUCUGCAGGAAGGCCAGAGGUAUGCAGGAGGAGUAUGCGGUCAAUGUGGUCAGAUGUGGACAAGCUGAAUCCUGGCUUCACAAAGCUGAAGACGGAGGGGGCGUUGGAAAUUCUGCCAGACGUCUGCCGAGUCAAAGGACUUGAUCGAUUCCCUCCAAUGUCCUCACUGAGGCUGAGCGCAUCUGGAUACCUUUUAUGGUCCCUGUCCCUUAGAGUGCAAUCAAAAUCUCCCCUACCCACCCGGAAAGAGAAUGGCUACACCCUCAGCAAUGGGGCCGAGAAAAAGAGGCACUUCGCCCAAGAAGAGCAUCUGCUCUGCUCCCAGCUGAGCCAUGUUCACAAAGCCAACCACUGUGUCCCCAAAACAAACAAACCAUCAGUUGGAGCAAACAGCCUCGCACCAGUCCCUUGACCCUCAGGACUGAUGUUGAAAAAGUGGGAGCAACAAGACCGCCACCCCACCCGAGCUGGGGCCACCCCACCCGACCUGAGGCCACCCCACCCAAUCUGGGGCUAUCCCACCCGAGCUGAGGCCAUCCCACCUGACCUGGGGCUAUCCCACCCGAGCUGAGGCCAGCCCACCCAAUCUGGGGCUAUCCCACCCGACCUGGGGCUAUCCCACCCGAGCUGAGGCCAGGUGAUGUCUGUUGACCCUUCAACAUGGCUUUAUCUACCUGCACAGCAUGGGUUUCUUGCAGGGGGACACAGCACAUAGCCCCCUUCUCUGAGGAACACGAGGAUAUGGGCUGGGCUUCCCUGCUACGUUGAAGCUGGCCGUGGUGAUCUUCUUGGCAAUAGUACCAUGUCGCCAUCAUCACUGUUAAAUCUAUUGAUUGGGAGGAAGACUCAGGGAAUGAGGCCUGGACGUGCCCCCAGUGGUGAUGAGGCACUGAGGGUACAGGGUCAGAUCCUCCUAUCCUAGUUCUUUCAGACGUGCCCCACCGCCAUGGGGGAACUGAACACUCUCCGCUAGCCGGAAGGCCAAUUACACUGCACCUUCCCCUCGUGAGCCCACCCUACCCUGACCCCGGGAGGGGUAAACGUGUCAAAGGUGGGCCUCCAUCAGACCAAGCAGCACUGACACCACCCAAUGAACACACCGCCCCGAGAGCUGGCGAAGGUGGGAGGAGAAGGAACUCUGGCAGGAAGAGAUGUUGGACAGGAUGACCUUCUAACCUCCCACCUCAAGAGGGGCAAAGGGCAGGAACAUCCCGUGCACAGUGAUCCCCGUCUCCAGGAUGAGGUGGUAGCGCUCACUUGGCCUUCCCGUACGUUUUA